GCUCACACACGCCGCCUCCACAGACCGAUCAGUGGAAACCGCCGACACAUAGCUCAGUUUGGGUCCUCCUGGAAAACAAGAUAACAUGGCUCUGACUAACCCUAUGCCCAUGGGCCCAUGGAAGAUCACUGUGUACGAUCAGGAGUACUUCCAGGGCAGGCGCAUGGAGUUCACCGCCAGCUGCCAGAACAUCAUGGAGUGUGGGAUGGAGAACAUCCGCUCCCUGAAGAUUGAAUGUGGCGCCUGGGUGGGCUACGAGCACUCCAGCUUCUGCGGCCAGCAGUUCGUCCUGGAGAAGGGAGACUACCCUCGCUUUGAGGCCUACAGCGGCAGCAACUCCUAUCGCAUCGAGAGGAUGAUCUCCUUCAGGCCCAUCUGCUGUGCUAACCACAAGGACUCUCGUAUGACCAUCUACGAGAACGAGAACAUGAUGGGUCGCCAGUUCGAGCUGUGUGACGACUACCCCUCCCUGCAGGCCAUGGGCUGGAUGAACAACGAGGUUGGAUCCAUGCACAUCCAGAGUGGAGCCUUUGUGUGCUACCAGUACCCUGGCUACCGUGGACACCAGUACAUCAUGGAGUGCGACUGUCGUGGAGGAGAGUACAAGUGUUACCGUGAGUUUGGCUCCCACGCCCAGACUCCUCAGAUUCAGUCCAUGAGGAGGAUCCAGCACUGAGAUGGGACUCUUCACCUCCCACCUCGUUACCUCUUCCUCCUUCCAUCCCUCCUUCUCUUCCUCCUCUCCCCCGGCCUCCAUCUCCACGGUUGGGUUGGGCUUCAGGUGCUAACUGGCGUCAGUUGUUCACAACACUUUUUGUUUUUUAAAGAAAUACCACAAAAGAAAGGAAAAAUGUAAGAAAGACCGAAAACAGGAACGACAAAAUGGGGAGAAAAAGCUGAGUCAAUGUGAAAGAACAGUGUCAUCGGUCCAAGGACGGCUGCAGAGCAGUGAAAACACCUCAGAGUUGCUGGCUCUUUUCCAUCUCCACCAGCGAUGGCAUCUUCAUCGUCAUUGUCUUAUACAUCAACAACAACCAGUCUUGCUGUGACUGUGAUAUCCAUGACUGCCUGUUUUAAAGACAAUGAAUAAAGGCAACGAGCAAAGAAACAGAGAUAACAGCACUGACAUGUACUGUAUCACACUCA